AUGCGGGGAAUGCGGGGAUCCAAAGGCUACAUCAGUGAUGAGCUCCUCGUUUCUAUGCUUUGUGACGUGGCUGCUACCUGCAGCCCCACUGCGUAUCGCACUGUCCCUCCCGUCGUACGCCCCGCCUGGACAACACCGAUGAGGGCGAUCAUCGUCGCGCUACUGAUCUCACUCUCGUUGGUAACAGCUGCACCCGCGCCCUCGCCAAGUGUUCGCCGGUUGACCCUCGAUCCACCAAACUCCAUUACUGAGGUUACGGCGCUAGAAGGAGCUCAGGUGUCUAAUUAUGAACCUUUCAGUUUCUUCGCCAAGGCAGCAUACUGUAAACAGUCCCUCCUCAGAAAUUGGAGUUGCGGCCGAUCCUGUAAUCAGAAUCCUGAUUUUGUUCCUACACUUUUCGGCGGGGAUGGUGGUAGCAUUCAAUUUUUUUACGUCGGGUACUGGCCGAAGCAAGAUUCUGUCGUCGUCGUUCAUCAAGGAACAGAUCCAUUCGAGCUCUGCGCGUUGUUGACUGAUUUGAAUAUGAUUCGCACCGGAUUGGACGAGACCUUGUUCCCAGGUAUUCCGUCAGAGGUUUCCGUGCAUGAUGGUUUCCGCCGUGUUCACGCCAAGACUGCCGUCCAAAUCCUUGCUGAAGUCAAACGAUUGCUAGACGAAAAGAAGACUAAGAACAUUAUAACAGUCGGGCAUUCGCUCGGCGGUGCCCUAGCCGCCUUGGAUUCCCUGUACUUCCGACUAAACUUGCCGGAAGACAUUGACAUUAGAACUGUCACAUUUGGAGCCCCAAGAUUUGGGAACGAAGCAUUCGUCAAGUUCUUCGAGUCAAAGUUGAAUCAGUUCAAACGAAUUAAUCACAAGAGGGACGUCAUCCCUAUCGUACCCGGUCGAUUCCUUGGAUACAUGCACCUCAAAGGCGAGACCCAUAUCCUCGGCAAUGGCACCACAGUUGGCUGCCCUGGAAACGACAAUGCCGAGGACGAAUUUUGCCACAUCAAAUCCGUACCCAAUUUGACCAAGGGCAACAUCGCACACCAUCUUGGCCCCUAUCCAGGAAACGUCUUCAUGGGGAGCCUCCUCUGCGACGAUACGAUCCUCGCGCAAGCCAUUUCAAUAUUUUCCCGGGAUUUCGAAAGCGAAUUGAGUCGUCGAUCGUCUGACCGCGGAAAUAUCGAUCAGUGGCUUACUCCUGACCGGAACCCCUAG